AUGUUCUUCUUAGUAAUAUGUGCUAUUGCUGCUGUCGGUGAAUGCAUAAUGAUGGGAAAGAUCUAUAAUAGUAGUCUUAUGCAAUUGGAUGCAGGAACAGCUGUCGAAGUCGUUAUAGACGCUACUACUACAACGACGUCAUCGGCCGCAUCUGAGUGUCAAUUACCAUCAUUACCGUGUACACUUGUGAAUAUUACAUAUGAUCAAUUAUUAUUUUUACAAGAUGUGUCGACUGGAUCGAACGUUUACGAGUGUUAUGCUUACGGCUUUUAUGCGACAUCGCAAGCUCAUACAUUGUCAUUCAGUUUUCGGCAAGAUCCAACAGAGUGGUUCUUGGAUGAUGUUUCUGUUGUAGCCAACGAUACCAACCAACAAUUACUUAGCAAUGGCUGUUUCGAAACGGGUGAUUUAACAGGAUGGAUCUACUCUGACAAUGGCGGUUGUAGUCCAGGAUGGUCAAAAGUCGAUAGUGAUGUUAAUAAAGUCCAUUCGGGAAAAUAUUAUUAUUUUGCGGGCUGUUACGGGAAAACUGACUAUUUAACUCAAACAUUUGCGACAACAAUGGGGCAAUUGUAUGUAAUCAGUUUCUGGUUGGAAAAUGCCGGUGGUACCCCUAGCUUGGCUAAUGUAACCAUCAGUUAA